AUGACAGGAGAGGAGAAGGCCCCGACCCAAACCCGACACAGAAAAAAGGGAAAGAAGUCUCGCUCUAAGGAGAAAAGUCCUGGAAGCAGUCCCAAAGUCCAGCUGCAGGAUGAAGACCUCCUCCUCGCUCCUCCUGUCGUACUGCCUCCUCAGAAGAAGAAACAUGAGGAGAAGCUCAAAGUGGAGAAGGAGGAGUCGUCCUUCGCCAUCUGUUUGCAGGUGGUGUUCCCCUACCUGUUGGCCGGGAUGGGCAUGGUGAUGGCCGGCAUGGUGCUGGACCAGGUGCAGCCCCGCUGCAGCCUCUUAUCCUCAGACCGACACCACUUCCACAAGUCUCUGCAGCAUCAUCCAUAUCAGCCCAGAGAAGAACAAGGCGAUACAAUAGCGAUCGGUGCCAACAUUACCAGUCCUUUGUGUCGAAGGAUGCUCCCGGAGUAUGACUUGCUCUAA